AUGAUUAGACUUACUGGAAUUAAGACGGCCAUCCGGGGAAUUUCCUCGAGAGGAAUGGCAUCAACUUCGAUUUGUGCUAAAAACAUGAACAUUAUUAGAAGCUCAUCAUCUUCAACUUCUGCCCUUGCAUACAAAACUUUGCACAGAAACAGAAGAAUUCCAUCACUGCCUACAGUUGAGACGCCAGCCUGGAAUGCUGACUCAGCUGUUUCGUCAAUACUUUACGAGACACCAAUACCAUCAAACCUACCAAAGACUCAACAUGUCUUGAACUGUUUGGUGCAAAAUGAGCCUGGUGUUCUUUCUUUGGUUUCUGGUACGCUGGCCGCUCGAGGAUUCAAUAUUGACUCUUUGGUUGUUUGCAACACCGAGGUUAAAGAUUUAUCUAGAAUGACAAUUGUCUUGGAUGGACAGGAUGGUGUUAUUGAACAAGCCAGAAGACAGAUUGAAGAUUUGGUUCCAGUCUAUGCUGUUCUUGAUUACACGCACUCACAGAUUAUAAAGAGGGAGCUGCUUUUGCUCAGAGUUUCACUCUUGGGACAAGAAUACUUCCGUGAAUUGAUUGCUCACCAUAACCACGAAGGUGAAGAGGUUGAAGGAAAAAUCAGAAAGGAGAAGUACCAUCCAAAGAAUCUUCCACCUUCACAGGCUCUCAGACAGAAAUACGAGCACUUGGAUGCCAUCACGAGGCUCACAAAAGAGUUUGGUGGAAAAGUUGUCGAUAUCUCUGACAGAAAUUGUAUUGUCGAGUUGUCUGCAAAGCCUUCUCGUAUUAGUGCCUUUAUUGGCUUACUGCGUCCAUUCGGAAUCUUGGAGCUUGCACGUUCAGGUAUGAUGGCACUUCCAAGAACCCCUAUUGAAGGUACUGUCGAAAAUGGAACUGAUCCAAGCAAGGAUGCUGCUGAUGUUGUCGAUUCUACCCAAAUGCCUCCAAGUUAA